AUGACACAGACUUUUACUGGGCAUGCAUUCGAGUAUUUAGAGAAGAUGCAUUCUUGGCGUAAGUAUUUCAUUGAUAGAGCUGAUAAGCCUUUCGAAAGAGAAGAUACAAUUUUUACAAGCUGUAGUCCAUCUUCUGGUGGUAAUAAUUCAUGGGGUCAGACUUCAAGUAGUCAAUGGGGUCCUGGAUUUCAACAAUGGGACACACCACCAAAUGCUCAACAAUGGGGUCCACCACCAAAUGCUCAACAAUGGGGAACACCACCAAAUAGUCAACAAUGGAAUUCGCCACCGAUUGCUCCACAAUGGGGAUCAUCAUCAAAUCCUCAACAAUGGGGUUCGUCGCCAAAUUCUUCACAAUGGACACCUCAAAUGAAUAUUCAACAUGGAUUCCCAAAGGAAACUCGACAUGAAACAACAAGAACUUCACCUGAAAGAGUUUCUGCAGAAGUUUCGAUGCCUAAUCCAACAAAUAUGGCAAGAGGAGUAUCCCCAGAAUUUGGUUUAGCAAAUUAUGCUUCAACCGAACAAAUAUCACGACCACGCAAAGUAGGAGGAUUAUUCAACAUAUGGGGAACCAAACAGGACUAA